UUAGGUUUACUUCCGGUUUCAGGAGACGCAGACAAAACAUUAACAAAUGCAAAGUCCCAAAGUUUGUCCCAAAUAAACCCAUUAUUUCAGACACAACCGAGUCAACACAUUCAAAUAAACCAUGAGUUGUGAAGAAGAAGUCGUUAAGAUCGGGAAAAAGUUGGAAAAGAUGAUUUCGAACAAUAGUACCGAUCAAGGUUCAUCGUCAGAUUUGCUGAAAAAGCUGAAAGACUUGAAAAUGAAUUUAAACGUGUUACAGAAAACCAGGAUUGGAAUGAUAGUAAACAACUUCCGAAAAGCAUCGAAAGAUGAAGAUGUCAUAACUGUUUCCAAAUCACUAAUAAAAGGCUGGAAAAAACUACUACCGGCAGGAGAGAGUGGUUCAUCACAAGGGGCUGCCAAAAGUGACAGCAGGAAGGACAGCAGUAAUGGUGACACCCAGACAAUGACACAAAGUGGAGGCGACUCGCCAUCUGCCGAGCCACCAGAAAACAUGGACAGUGCCUUGUCCUCUUGUACAGCAGCACACACCUCAGACCCCACACGCCUCAAGUGUCGAGAACUCCUAGCUAAUGCAUUGAAAGUCACAGAUGACUCAAAUACAGAGGACUUGGAUGGCAUGGGAGAUCCAGAUAACAUUUCAGGUCAUAUUGAAGAUUAUAUUUUUCAAGAAUUUAACAACACCGAUACAAAAUACAAAAACAGAGUGAGAAGUCGAGUUGCCAAUUUGAGAGAUUUAAAAAACCCACAGCUGAGAGAGAAUGUCCUGUUGGGGCUGAUUAGCCCAGAGAAGAUAGCAAAGAUGACUGCAGAGGAGAUGGCCAGCGAUGAUAUGCAGAAACUGCGUCGUAAAUACACCAAAGAAUCCAUUGAUGAUCAUCACAUGGCUACAACCAGCGGUACCAAGUCAGACCUGUUCAAAUGUGGAAAAUGUAAAAAGAAGAAUACAACAUAUACACAGCUUCAAACAAGAAGUUCUGAUGAACCUAUGACAACGUUUGUGUUCUGCAACGAAUGUGGAAACAGAUGGAAGUUUUGCUAGUCAUAAUAGAAAGAAGACCAGGGAUGUUUGAGUGUAUACUGAUACUUUUGUAUUGCCUGAGCUAGAACAUGAAUGUGUGGAUGUCUAGUAUCCCAUGCGACUUUCCAUUUAUUUGCUUGGAGCAGCUGAAACCAUAUCUGUUUGAUAUAAAACAAACUUGACCAAGAUGUUUCUGGAGGUUUUUGGUAAGAUUAACCGCCAGUGGUUCACCCAGGUUGUCUAGGAUUUUCCCUUAGAAAAGGUGUGUUUUCCUGUUCCAACCACUUACAUGAUGGUAGCCCCACCCCAGUGGUAAGCCAGUGCUUUAUAGACAAGUUGACACUGUAUGCACUACAUAAGUUACUACCGUAUUUACACGACAAUAAGCCCGUGUCUGUUAAUUAACCCACCCAUAACUGUUACAGUCAGGAGAAAUGUGAACAUUUCGCUGUUCUGUAAUAAGCCCAUGCCCCACUUCGAGUCAAACAUUGUGUUGACCCCCUGGGUUUUACUGUGGUAUAAAUAUGGUAUCUAUGUAUGUGGUGCUACACUAGGUUGUGGUUUCCCAACCUCCCACAUACAAACAUUUACUCUAGGGACAGUAAUGUUGUCCAUUCUCAUUCGUAAUACUACAGAUCGUUACUAGAGCGACAGAAAUGUUGUCCAUUCUCAUUCGUAAUACUACAGAUCGUUACUGGAGGGACAGCAAUGUUGUCCAUUCUCAUUCGUAACACAUGUACUACAGAUCGUUACUGGAGGGACAGUAAUGUUGUCCAUUCUCAUUCAUAACACUACAGAUCGUUACUGGAGUGACAGAAAUGUUGUCCAUUCUCAUUCUUAAUACUACAGAUCGUUACUGGAGCGACAGAGAUGUUGUCCAUUCUCAUUCGUAAUUCUACAGAUCGUUACUGGAGAGACCGAAAUGUUGUCCAUUCUCAUUCGUAAUACUACAGAUCGUUACUAGAGCGACAGAAAUGUUGACCAUUCUCAUUCGUAAUACUACAGAUCGUUACUAGAGCGACAGAAAUGUUGACCAUUCUCAUUCGUAAUACUACAGAUCGUUACUGGAGGGACAGUAAUGUCGUCCAUUCUCAUUCGUAAUACUACAGAUCGUUACUAGAGCGACAGAAAUGUGGUCCAUUCUCAUUCGUAAUACUACAGAUCGUUACUAGAGCGACAGAAAUGUUGUCCAUUCUCAUUCUUAAUCCUACAGAUCGUUACUGGAGGGACAGUAAUGUCGUCCAUUCUCAUUCGUAAUACUACAGAUCGUUACUAGAGCGACAGAAAUGUUGACCAUUCUCAUUCGUAAUACUACAGAUCGUUACUAGAGCGACAGAAAUGUUGUCCAUUCUCAUUCGUAAUUCUACAGAUCGUUACUGGAGAGACAGAAAUGUUGUCCAUUCUCAUUCGUAAUUCUACAGAUCGUUACUGGAGCGACAGAAAUGUUGUCCAUUCUCAUUCGUAGUACCACAGAUCGUUACCGGAGAGAUAGUAAUGUUGUCCAUUCUCAUUCGUAACACAUGUACUACAGAUCGUUACUGGAGAGACAGUAAUGUUGUCCAUUCUCAUUCGUAACACAUGUACUACAGAUCAUUACUGGAGAGACAGUAAUGUUGUCCAUUCUCAUUCGUAAUACUACAGAUCGUUACUGGAGAGACAGUAAUGUUGUCCAUUCUCAUUCGUAGUACUACAGAUCGUUACUGGAGGGACAGUAAUGUUGUCCAUUUCAUCUGUGGCAGAUAAAAGGACAUACCAAACAAAACUUUAUUUUAUGAAUGAGCAAACAAGAUUCAUUCUGACAUCACCUCAUAAAGCAUGUCAUUCCUUUUCUUUCAUAACAUAAUAUGAUUUCAAUUUCAUCAAUGAUGUUAUUGAUAGUGCUUCAUACCUGGGCUGCUUUUGUUUAUUGUGUACCGAAUAGUUUGAUGGGAGUUAUCCCUGUAUCAGAUAAAGAUAGACCCUGUGGUCUGAUGUUGCUUGUGGUAAGUGUUUACAGAACGCUUCAAGGGCUACAUUAACACUUGUAUGUCUGCCAGACUUCACCCUGAAUGGUUACAUUCAAAAGUGAACAAACCAGUCUGUCCACAUAAACCAAAACAGCUCCAGGAGGUCAAAUUCUCUUCAAUACUGGUGUUUCAGUUAAAAUUGUUUAAAUUUGUAUUUAACCUGUAUUUCUCUAUUUUUUUCAUGCUUUUGGUAUAUUUUAGGUUUUUAAGGUAUCAUUGUGUGUAAGAAGAAAGUCUUUAUGUGAAUUCAGAUACAUAGAAAGUUACAUUGUAAACCAUCAUCAGGGAUGUUUAAAUAUAUACUAGUAUAUGUUUUACAUUUUGUAUAUAUUUAUAGGUCUCUUUGUUUAAAUUUAAAAGUUUAAUUUAUAGCUUGAAUAAAGAUUUUUUUUGUCUUUUCUUUCUUGUAACUGUAUCUAUCAUAUGGGUUAAAAGUUUUCCCUUAUUUUGAAUGAUGUUGUUUCACUCUCUGUUUACCUUGUCGUGUGUGGAAUACGUUAUACAGCAUAGACAACAUGUUAUAAAUAUUAAUUAUCCCUUAAUAUUUAGUUUGGUAUAAUUUGGUAGACAACAUGUUAUAAACAUUAAUUAUCCCUUAAUAUUCAGUUUAGUAUAAUUUGGUAGACAACAUGUUAUACAUAUUAAUUAUCCCUUAAUAUUUAGUUUGGUUUAAUUUGAUAGACAACAUGUUAUAAAUAUUAAUUAUCCCAUAAUAUUCAGUUUGGUAUAAUUUGGUGUUGACAACAUGUUAUAAACUUUAAUUAUCCCUUAAUAUUUAGUUUGGCAUAAUUUGGUAGACAGCAUGUUAUAAACAUUAAUUAUCCCUUAAUAUUCAGUUUGGUAUAAUUUGGUGUUGACAACAUGUUAUAAACAUUAAUUAUCCCUUAAUAUUUAGUUUGGCAUAAUUUGGUGUUGACAACAUGUUAUAAACAUGAAUGAUCCCUUAAUAUUCAGUUUGGUAUAAUUUGGUGUUGACAACAUGUUAUAGAUGUUAAUUAUCACUGAAUAUGCGAUUUUGAAAAUCAUUGCAAAAUCUUAUUGAAUUUUAAUUAUAAUAAAAAAAGGUUUAACUAGCUGUCUGAUGUUUACAUUGAUCAUAUCAUGUUUUUCAUUAAAAAAUAAAGUUGUCAUAUUUUUUUGUGCAUUGAAAAUUGAUUUAAGUUUUUAUUGUAUUUCAUUAUGUUGCAUUUUCACAGCACCAAUUGGAAAUUUCCUGCAAGAAUCUUGAUCUUGUUUUGAACAGAUCUUGUUUAAAAUAGGACAUUUUUGUUUAUUUGUCCCUCCAGAUAUUGCCGAGGAAAUUCAUACAUACAUUUUUUUGAUGUUUCAUCUUUUGAGCGUGUUCUGUGUAGGUCAUACGUUCAGAGAUGAAACAGCUUGCCAAUAUCACCUUUAGUCAUCAUUUUUUUUUUAAAUUCAGAACAUUAUGUACAAUGUGUUUAAUGUAAUAUCUUAUUGAAAACAAAGACUAAUACAGCAUUAGUUGAUAGAAUGUGAUUGUCAACACCUAGUGAACCACUUACUGGUCUGUCCCCACAGUGUUUCGAUGCGUUGAUGUCUUUAUUAUUAUACAUGGUGGUGUAAAGAUAUCUUUCAGUUAUACAUUGUGAAAAACUGUUUGUGUUCGGAAAUAAAAAUGCUGAGGUUUUGUGGUGACA